AAAUGUAUUCGAAUAAGAAUGUUUCAUAUUCAAUAUAUAUACAUAGAUAUAGAUAUAUAUAUAAAUAGAAAGAUAAUAACACACUGAUUGCUAUUAAUAGUUUAAUAAUACUUAGCAACAAUUGAUUGAUUACAUCAUUCAAGUUGAGUUGUAACACUUACACACACACACAUACAUACAUACAUACAUACGUACAUACACACACAGAUACACAAAAGCCUGACAACAGUAUCCGAUGUACAAUUAUUUGAAUAAAAUACAAUUAAAUUUCACUGGAAUCUAGUAUUAAUGACUAUUCUAUGAAUCAGUGUUUCAUUGAUUUGUUUGUUACUAUGGGAUAAUGAAUUAAGUAAUGUACUUAUGGAAUAAAUAAUAAUAACUUCUAAAAUGUAUACUGAUAUAAAUAUAGGGAAUCAAGCGAAUAACAAUACCACUACUACUACUACUACUACUACUACUACAAAUACUAAUACUACUAAUACUAGUAAUAAUAAUAAUAAUACAACACAUUUAACAUCAUUACUUGUUCGUGAACGUUUAAAAAAUUGUGUAUUAAAUAAACGUAAAAGUAAAGAACAAGGAAUUCAUUCAAAUGAGACAAUAUUGUUGAAUAUGAGUAUUAGUCAACAACCACAACCACCACCACCACCAUCACAACAACAACAACAACAACAACAAAGUAAUCUUAUCCUUGAUAAAGAUUUAAUACAAAUGAAUCAAGAACAAUCUGUUAAUAAUGAUCAUUUGAAUGGUAAAUCUAUACCACCACUUAGUAACCAAAACAGUAUUCAUAAUAAUAAUGAUAAUAAUAAUAAUAAUAAUAGUAAUAAUACGAAUGAUCCUAGUUGUACUAAACCAUUAACAAUCGAUGUUGAAAAUCUUUCAUCACCUAAUCAAACAAUUACUAUGACAUCUUUACCAAUUCAUAUAAAAAAAUCCAAUAUAUUACAUCAUCCAAUACAACAUUCAUAUUCAAAUCAUGAAACAGAUAUACAUUAUAUGGAUUGUCAAAAUUUACAUACAUCUAAUAUAGAAACAAAUUAUUGUGAUAAACAUAUUAUACAAUAUGAUCAUUCUAAUUAUAAUUCCUAUAAUCAUUCACAUUAUCCUGAUUAUCAACAUCAAUAUGAACAACAGAAUAAAUUAAUUGCUGAAAAUCUACGUAAAACAGUAUCAGAGCCAAGUUUAAAAAUGCGUAGUGGUUCUGGUGGUGUACAUAAAUCUCGUUAUAAAUCAGAUCGUCGUCAUUAUCAUCAUCCUCCUCAUCAUCAUCCUCAUCAUUCUCAUCAUCAUCAUCAUUUUGGAAUGAAUACAACAGCAGCAGUAGCUGUAGCUGCAGCUGCAGCUGCUACAAUGUCUAUAUCGAAUGAUCCAUUAGCAAUGAUUAGUUUAUGGCCACAAAUCAGUUCAACAUUUCAACAUACAAAUUUAAUUCAUAAAACAAUCAAUAAAAAAUCAUUACAACAAUUACAAGAUAUAAAUAAUCCUAAUAAUAAUAAUACUAUAUCAUUAUCUAUAGAUAAUCAUGAACAAUCAAUGAAAACCGAUAAGAAAUCUUUAACAUCAUCAUCAUUAUCAUCCAUAUCAAAAACUUGUCAAGAUGUUAUUUUAACUGAAUUCAUGAAUACUAAACAAUAUAAUAAUAAUAAUAAUAAUAAUAAUAAUCAAAAAUUAUUAGAAACAAUUCCUACAUGUUGUACUACAAUAUCUGAAUCAAUCAAUUCAUCUUAUUCAUUGACUACUACACCUAUAUCUAUCAAUCAAUCAAUAUAUCAUUCAACAAUCAAUGGAUUAUGUACAAGUUUACCUAAUUUAACAAAACAAUAUCAUUGUACAUCAUCAUCAUCAUCAUCAUUAUCAUCAUCUAUACAAAUGAAUCAUCAAAAUAUAAUUGAUUUUAAUCAAAUCAAAUAUACAACUAUACCAACAAAUACAUCCACAUCAAUUAAACCUAAUCUAAAUCAAUCAAUUAUUGAUUAUAAUGAAUUGAAUUCAAUUCAUAAAACAAUAUAUAAAUCAAAUAUAAUAAAACCAAUGAAUCAAUCAAUUUAUCAUUUAUUACCAUUAUAUCGAUAUCAAUCAAUUGGUUUAAUUAGUCGAACUAGAUCAACACCAUUAAAUUUAAAUAAUAAUGGUUAUACAACUAAUUAUCAAUAUAUACAAUUAAAAAAUUUUAAUCCUAUACAUCAAUCCAUCAAUACACCUAGAUCGGUUACAUCAAUAGCAAAUUUAUUAGCUAUGGAAGCAGCUACUAAUCAUUAUGGAAUAUCACAACAAAAUCAAUAUAGAAUAGAACAUGAUCUAUUCGAUGAAGUAAACAAUAAUAAUAAUAAUCAUAAUAAUAAUAAUAGUAAUAAUAGUAGUAAUAUACAAUCCACUAUAGAUAAUGAAUUAUCAUCAAGAAGUAAAGUUGUUUUACAAUUACGUAAGAAAAUUUUAGAAAGAUCUGAAUUUUUAACAUCAGAUCGUUCAGGUGUAAACAUGUUGGAUGGUUCUAAUUCACCAAUUUCACGAAUAAAUCAAACUCCUGGACGUAAUAAUCCAUUAUUAGAGAGAACAGCUUCAAGUCCUGUAGUUAAUAUGGCUCCAACAAUACGAUCAGAAACUGUACCUGAAGCAACAUUCACUACAGUAUUAGCAUACGACUUAGGAAUGCUUGCUCAUCAUUGUACAUGUCAAACUGAUGCAAAUCAUCCUGAAAAUCCUCAACGAUUAAUUUCUAUUUGGCAAAGACUUCAACAAACUGGUUUAGCAGCACAAUGUCAUCAUCAACCUGGUAGACGAGCAUCUUUGAUUGAAUUGCAAUUAGUUCACAAAGAUGUAUAUACAGUUUUAUUUGGUAGUAAUCCAGCAAGUAGAUGUCGAAUUGAUCCAACACUUUUAGCUACAGUACGUUUAUGUAGGCUAGCUUGCGGUGGAGUUGGUGUAGAUUCUGAUACAGCAUGGCAUACUGCUGGACAUACAGCUCAUGCAGCGAGAUUAGCAGCUGGAUGUGUUGUUGAUUUAGCAUGUCGUGUAAUGCUUGGUCAAUGUCCCAAUGGUUUUGCUUUAGUAAGACCACCUGGACAUCAUGCAGAACCAGGUCAAGCUAUGGGAUUUUGUUAUUUUAACUCAGUGGCAAUUGCUGCUAAACGAGCUCAAUUCCUUGGUUCAACAACACUAGGUAAUGAACAAAGCUCUGUCAUUUCUUCUUUAACAACUACCUUCUUUGAUCAAUCAACUUUUCUCCCAUACACUAUGGAAUCCGCACUUAAACCACGAAUUUUAAUAGUAGACUGGGAUAUUCAUCAUGGAAACGGAACUCAAACAGUAUUUUACACAGAUCCAACUGUAUUGUACAUAUCACUUCACAGACAUGAUGAAGGAGGAUUUUUUCCCGGUACUGGAUCACCUGAAGAGAUAGGCUCUGGUCCUGGUGAAGGAUUUACCAUUAAUAUUGCUUGGCCAUCAGGAAUCGUUAUGUCUGAUGCUGAGUAUUUAGCAGCAUUUCGUUUGAUUAUUCUACCUGUCGCCUGUGAAUUUCAACCUAGUCUUGUUUUAAUUUCUGCUGGUUUUGACGCUGCACCUGGUCAUUCAGCUAAUCUUGGUGGUUAUUCAGUAAGUCCUGCUGCAUUUGGUUGGAUGACACGUUUAUUAUCAAUUGAUCGUAUUGCUAAUUCUAAAGUAGUAUUAUCUCUAGAAGGUGGUUAUGAUAUGAAUAGUUUAUGUGAUUGUACAGAAGCAUGUGUACGAGCAUUACUUAGAUCAGCGGCUGAAAUUAAUGAAAGAAAUUCAAUACCUAUUAAUGUUCCAGAUUUAAUUCCAUUAAAACAAUCUGAAUUAGAUCGAAUUCCACAUCCAUCAGCAAUACAAACUUUAUUAAAUGUUGUACAUUUACAUUCUGCUUAUUGGAAAAGUUUUUCACAUAAAAUCGAUACACAAUAUGCAUCAUUACCAGCUAGUAAUUGGUUACCAACAUUAUUUAAUCAUUCAAUUGAAAUUAAAAAUGAACCUAUUUCAGUAGUAUCUACAAAUGAGACAACAUUAAAUAUAAAUAAACGUUUAGUAAAAUCUUUAAUAAAACAAACACCAUUUACAAAUAAUGAAUGGAAUAGAAUAACAUCUGAAAAUACCAUAGAAAAUAAUCGAUAUUGUAAUUUUACUAUGAGACAAGCAUCUUCUAUGGAUGAAACAAAUGAAAAUGAAAUAAACAAAUCAAAUUCUAUAAUAAGAAGAAGAAGAUCAACUACUGGUAUUACACCAUCUAAUAUGGAUUCUAUAUCAUUAAUAGGGGAUACAAAUGAAACAAUAACACGUAUUGCAUUAACACGUUUAGCUGAAUUACAUGUUACAUCACAACCUGAAUAA